AUAUAUACAUAUAGAAAUUCAUCCUUUUAGAGCUAUCACAUAAGUAGUUGGGUCCUGAGGCUAUAUACAUAUAUACAUGUAGCAAAUUCAUCAUUCUAUAUCUAUACAUAACUAGUUGGAUCUUGCAAAGCGCCUAGCUAAGAUGUUGAACAGCAGCAGUACGACUUCAAAGGUGAUCACAUGCAAAGCUGUGGUGUGUUGGGGAAGAGGGGGAGAUGUGAUAAAGGUGGAAGACAUAAAAGUGGAGCCACCAAAAUCAAACGAAGUUCGAGUUAAGAUGCUGUAUGCAAGUAUCUGUCACACUGAUCUCCUAUUCAUUGAAGGAUUUCCAGAUCCUGAUCUGUUUCCUCGAGUUCUUGGUCACGAAGGGGUCGGGGAAGUAGAGAGCGUCGGGGAAGAUGUGACAGAACUAAAAGAAGGAGACUUAGUGAUUCCAUCAUAUAUUGGAGAAUGCCAAAAGUGUGAGAAUUGCAGUUCAAGAAAAUCCAAUUUUUGCCUACGAUAUCCAUUACCCUUAAGUGGUUUAAUGCUCGAUGGAACUUCAAGAAUGUCGAUUGAAGGCCAAAAUUUAUUCCAUUCAUUUUCAUGCUCCACAUGGACUGAAUAUAUGCUUAUAAAUGUCAACUAUGCGAUCAAGAUCAGUCCAGAUAUUCCUCUUUCUCAUGCUAGUUUUCUCUCCUGUGGAUUUUCAACUGGGUAUGGUGCAGCUUGGAAGGAUGGUAACAUUGAAAGAGGUUCAAGUGUACUUGUAAUAGGCCUUGGUGCUGUUGGAUUAGGGGUAAUACAAGGGGCUAAAAUGCAAGGUGCAACUACAAUAAUUGGUGUAGACAAGAAUCCUAUGAAGAAAGAGAAGGGACAAGUUUUUGGAAUGACACACUUCAUUAACCCAGAUGAAUCAGGUAAAUCAAUUUCAGAUUUAGUUAAGGAAUUAACUGGUGGAAUUGGUGUUGAUUGUAGCUUCCAAUGCACUGGGGUUACCUCAUUGGUCACUCAAGCAAUAGAGGCUACAAAACCUGGAGUAGGAAGGACAAUAUUAAUAGGAACAGGAAUUGAUACAAAUAUGAAUAUAAGCUUCGAAUCCCUUGUAUCUGGUAAAACUUUAAAAGGGUCUCUUUUUGGAGGACUCGGCAUCAAAUCUGACCUUCCCAUUUUACUCGAUAAAUACAUAAAUAAGGAAAUACAAUUAGAUGAACUUUUGAGUCAUGAAAUUUCGUUAGAAGAUAUAACUAAAGGAUUUGAGUUACUGAAGCAUCCUGACUGCGUUAAGGUUCUUGUUAAGAUUUGAUUUUAUUUAAUUGAUGUUGCUCGCAAGCUAGGUGACUCUCCUAUAGUAUUUAUUCUAAUUUCUCUAAAAUAUUUUGUUCAUAUGAGCAUAAAGAAAUGUAAUUAUCGCUGUCAAAUUUGCUCGGUCAAAACAAAUGAAACAUGAUCCCAUCUUGAAAGAGAUUGGCAUAAAAAUCAUUUCUCGUAUCUUU